AUGUACUUUUCAAAUGACACAAACAUAAUAUUCUUAUUUGACUAUUUUCGAAUUAGAUGUAUGUAUGAAUUUAUUUUUUGUAAUAUCAUGUGUUUCUUAUUAGGUUUUUUAUCUAUAUAUAUUAAAGCAGUAAAAAGAAAUACAUUUAAAAAAUAUCCGAACGAUUUAAAAGAAAAUUUACUGUUCGUAAAAAAUAUUCCAGUUGAUCAUAGACUUACUUUUGGUAUGAUAUCUUUUAUAAAUUAUGCCGUUGAUUAUUUAUUAAUGCUCCUCGUCAUGACUUUCAACUUGUUUAUAUUCCUUAGUACCAUGGUGGGCAUAGCUGUUGGUUAUUUCUUUUGUGGGCAUUUGCUAGUGUAA